GUCCGCUUUUGGUCUCCUAGGGCUGUAGGCCAUCAGAACACCACCGGAGCAAUGCCGGGCCCACAGCUGCUUCUGUUUUUGCUCCUGGGCUGGAUGACCGAGGCGAGCAACAUGUCUUACCCUUUCGACAAGGUAUCCUUCAUCGGCCGCUGGUGGUUUGAGGAUAAUGCCAUGCACUCCUCAUGGGGAACGGUUGCAUUCGAGGUUACAUUCCAAGGAUCUUCGAG